CUCCCAAAUAAGUAACCUAAGAAGUAUUUCGUCACAUUCUUUACAUUUCGAAGCUUAUUAUUAAUCUCUGAAGAAUAUAAAGCUGCAUUAAACUCCAACAGACCCACUGGAAAGGAAGAUAUAAUGUUCCUCUUUGCCUUUGUUUCAAACGACAAAAAAAAAGGGGAAAUUCUCCAUGAAUUCAGCUUGUCAAAUGUCAAACGUCCAAAUUCACUGUUAAGACAGUAAAAGAAACAUUUCAGCUCAGUUGCUGUUGUGUAUAGUGGUGGUAUAUUACACUUUGUCGCGAAUUUGAUUGUCAUGUUUGUGAUAAGUUUUGAGAACGAGGAGAUAAUGGCGUUUACAGCUUACGUGAUAUCAGAGUGCUUCAUGAACACACACACAUUACCAUGAAGACAACACAAAUUCGUACCAGAAAUUAUUUCUCUUAAAGAGCUGCCUGAGGUAAAGCUUGCAGCCAAUUAGACUGAAGUAAGCCUCUCGCACAGCCAAUCAUUUUCACAGCCGUUCUAUAUCCAUAGUAACCAGGUUUAUACUGGUUACCGUUUCGUCUCUUUGACAACAAACCGGCGCUGUUUUUUUUUUUUUUUUUUUUAAAUUUAGAUAUGUAACGAGCAACAAAGAUAACAUACCGCUGCAUUAAGUAUAGUUUUAUUAUUUUCUUUUCCUUUUAUUUGAACUGAACGACAGAAACAUGGAGAGUUCUACGGAAGCGCGAGCUAACCAAAUGCAGCAGGCUGCGUGCUUCAAAGCUUUCCUGUUGAAAAACAGCACAAAAACAAACCUCAACCUCUACGACCAUCUGGUUCGCGUGCUCGCCAGAGUGAUGGACGAGCGUCCAGAGAAUGCAGUGGAUGUGAUUGAAGAUCUGAGCCGUGAGGUAAAGCGCAACAUGCUGCUGGAGAAGCAGAGCACGCUCAGGGACGCUCCGUCCACAACCUCCUCUGAACUGCUGGCUGAGCAACAGAGAGCGCUGUUUAACCGAUGGGACAGGGGAGAACACGAAGAGAUGGAGACACCCCUGCCCAAUGUGACUGAGCUGACGUUCUUCCUGGAGCAGAUUGGGGUUGGUCUGGGUCGGGAGGAGAUGCAGAGGAUCCUUCUGGCCCUGAAGCAGCUGGUGGACAUGCAGCCCCUGCAACGCUGCCGAUUCUGGGGCAAAAUCCUUGGUAUUGAAGGGAACUACAUAGUGGCUGAAGUGGAAUACAGGGACGGUGAGGAAGAAGAGGAAGAAGGAGUGGAGGAAAUGCAUGAAGAUAAGGAGAAAGAGGGAGAGGCUGGAGAAGAGGAUGAGCUGGAUCCAUUCCCCAAGUCAAGCUACAAGCCACCAACCCCAGUCCCUAAGGAGCCUCGUCACUCCGGCACCAACAAGUUCACCUACUUUGUGUGCCGAGAGCCUGGCCUGCCCUGGGUCCGUCUUCCUGACGUCACCCCUGCUCAGAUCACAGUUGCGCGACAAAUUCGCAAGCUCUUCACCGGGCGCCUGGACGCUCCCAUCGUGAGCUACCCGCCCUUUCCCGGCAAUGAGGCCAACUACCUGCGUGCCCAGAUCGCCCGCAUCUCAGCAGGCACCCAGGUCAGUCCAAUGGGCUUCUAUAUAUUCAGGGAGGAGGAGGGGGAAGAGGAGGAGGAAGGAGCACGAGACAGCGUCGAGGAGAACCCUGACUUUGAGGGUAUCCACGUGCAGGAGAUAGCAGCGUCGCCGUCGGCAUGGGUCCACCACAUACAGCACAUUCUCGUGCAGGGUCGUUGUGUGUGGGUCAAUCUGGCUGAAAAGACAGAGACUCUCCAAGAAGAAGACGCAGAGGAAGAGGAGAAGGAGGAAGAACCAGACGAGCCUGAGCCUGAGGUUGGACCGCCGCUUCUCACACCGCUGUCUGAGGAUGCAGAGGUUAAUAACACCCCUCCUUGGAGUACCAGGAUCUCCUCAAACCUAAUCUCCCAGUAUGCCUUUGCUUUUGUGCGCUCCAACCUGUGGCCUGGUGCCUAUGCGUAUGCGUGUGGCAAGAAGUUUGAGAACAUAUACAUCGGCUGGGGGCUGAAGUUCUUGGGCGAGGACUUUACUCCGGCCCUGCCUCCUCCCCCACAGCCCGAGUACCCCAGUGGCCCUGAGAUCACAGAGGCACUGGACCCCAGUCUCCAGGAGGAGGAGGCUCUGAAGGAAGCACAAGAGGAGCAACAGGCCGCGCUGGAAGACAACGAUGCGAUGGACACAGAGGAAGAGGAGGAAGAAGAAGAGGAAAACUAAAUAAGAGAGAAUGGUACACAGUGGACUGAGGUCUUUUAACAUAUGUGACUAUAUUAUACUGUUAUAGAUAAACAUUGCUUUCUCAGUUCUUUAUUAUACAGCUCGGUUGAAUGCUCGAUUCUGAUUGGCCAGACGGUUGAUUACAUUUUUGCGUGUAUAGUAAUGCGCUCAUUCUAAUACAUUAUCAUUCCUACAAUAACAGCUAAUUUACAUAGGUGUGAAUAAACAAAUUUAUGAAAAAAAAGCAUGUAAUUGUCUAUCAUUUGAAGUAUUCUGUCAGGAGAUGUUUAUUUAGCAUUUUUUUUGACAAAGUCUCCAGAGUCAGCACUUUGAAGCUUUCCUAACACAGGACGAUCCUGAGGAUGGAGGGCUUUGAGGUUUGUCAGUAGCAUGACAAGCUUUUA